AUGAAAUUAAGCUAAUGUUGCCCCGAAUACACUAUCCUAAAUUGAUCUAUGCAACCUGUAACCCUGUAUAAAUUGCUCCAAUGUUUUAACGAUGCAAAGCAACUUGCAGUGUUGUGAGGAUUUCAUUCCUGCCGCCAUCCUCGUAAGGGCCGCUACAAAGCUGCCCCCACUCGGAGCUCAUUGUUAGCCUAGCUGUAGCCAUGCUCUCUGCCGCUUUCACUUCUGUUCCGCGCUGGGACCACCGCUGCUAGCUAGCCUUGUAGCUGGCUAGUUAAGCUUUUUCGAAUAGUGUUGUCGUUUUAUUGUGUAUGUUUGGGAUGUCGUUUGAUAGACUCCUGUUUUAUUUCGUGUAAGAGCGUCGGUGAACAGAAGCGGUCCACUGUUUGCUUUAAAGCGCUCAAACAGGGAUGGUGUGUUAAGGUAGCUAACCUGCAAACCUAACUUUCAGAUAGGGGGUCGUUUCUCCAUGACACUUAUCUUCGUAUUGACGUUCAGUCAACCUGCUCGGGUUUAUUUGACUCAAAAGGGCAUUUAGUUGUCAGGCGGUACUCCCACCUACGUCAUCAAGAAGAAAGAGAUUAUUUUACUAUUUUAGACUUGGAACAAAAAUAUUUUUUCGCUACGAUGGCUUCCUCCUCUGGCAACGACGACGACCUCACAAUCCCCAGAGCAGCAAUCAACAAGAUGAUCAAAGAGACUCUUCCAAAUGUAAGAGUAGCUAACGACGCCCGGGAGCUGGUGGUCAACUGCUGUACGGAGUUCAUCCACCUAAUCUCCUCUGAAGCCAACGAAAUAUGCAACAAAUCUGACAAGAAGACCAUAUCCCCGGAACAUGUCAUCAACGCGCUUGAGAGCCUCGGUUUCGCAUCGUACAUAACGGAGGUGAAGGACGUCCUGCAGGAGUGCAAAACUGUAGCUCUGAAGAGGAGGAAGGCCAGCUCCCGGCUGGAGAACCUGGGCAUCCCAGAAGAGGAGUUGCUCAGGCAGCAACAGGAAUUAUUUGCAAAGGCUCGGCAGCAGCAGGCAGAGCUCGCCCAGCAGGAGUGGUUGCAGAUGCAGCAGGCUGCCCAGCAGGCACAGAUGGCUGCAGCGUCUGCCAGUGCAGCUCAACAAACCAGCUCAUCACAGGAUGAAGAUGAAGAGGAUGACAUGUGAUCCCAGGAUGCUUUUCAACAUGUCCGGUUUCUUUCCUGGAACAGCGUGAAGACACAGAGCGGUCAGCGACAGAGCAGUGGGACUUCUUCAAGCACUGGAAAAUUCAUAUUGGGAAUAAAUAGCAAAAGAUGAAAGGGGAACUUAAAGACGGACUUCCAUUCAGAUACCAGUACCUGAAAACGAAUUGGAUGGAAAGAACUGAUAACGAUGUUUCUGAUUAAUAUGACAUCACCCUAUUUUGAGUUGCUUCUGAUUAAAUGAACUUUUGUUUGUCUGUUCUGUGCGAUGUCUGGGUGUAUUUUGAACCCACAGAUGACAGACACUGCUAAGGGGGAUAUCUCAGUGAUUUUAUUUUAUUUUUUCUCUUCUCACCGGUUCUAUGCGUCCUCGGGUACUUUACCAAAUGAUUUGUGCCCAGUUUCAUUCAGUGGUUUAGAUGAACUGCCUUUGAAUGAUUGCAGCAUCUUGUUCCUUCUCAUGAAAUGUUUGACGGUCAUUUUUCCAACAAGGAUUUCUUUUUCCCCCUCCUUGGUAUAUUUGUUCAACAAUGGAUUGUUUGAGGGGUUGUGAAUAUUAAAUUUCUCCUCUUAUGUAAAAAAAUAGAUGGAAGUUUUGUUUUAGUUUUUUUUUUUUUUUUUGAAUAUUCUGUGUCAUUUUUGUUCUUCCUAGAACCACCACAGUAUUGCUAUUUAGCUACACCUUUGAGAGAAUAUUUUUGUCUCAUAGAACCAAAGAUAGAGGACAGAUUAACAAGCCCAGAGUUUGUUUUUGAAGGUGUAGGUGCUACAGUGAUUCCCUUUGCUGACUCCAGAUCAGUAUAAACGAUGUUGAGGAAUAUUAUUGUCCAACUUUGUAAGAUGCUUUCAUAUCCAGGCUGAAUUUGUUACUUCUCUUUCGGUGCAGUAUCAAACGACUAGCAUUGUGACUUUGUUCAAUUCCAACUGUAAAGAUGAGGAAAACAAUGUUGUGAUGCACAUUUGCUUGAGUUUAUUACAAAGUUGUAUUCUUUCAGCAAUAAAGGCAUCAUUUUUAUA